AUGACCCAUACGGUCGUCACGGGCAUCACUGCAUGCUUCGUCCUCUACACCCGCUCAGCUGGCGUCGCCUACUUCGCCGCCGGCGCAGUCCUCUGCUCAAUGUCCGUCAAGGUCAUCAAGCGCUGUGUGCGCCAGCCCCGCCCCGUCCAGGUCAUACGUGGCAAGCGGAAGAAGUCAUACGGAAUGCCCAGCACGCACUCUGCCACCAUCACGUUCUUCGCCGCCUAUAUCGCGCUUGCCUGCUUAUACCUGCCUAUACAUCCCACACUGCCGUCAAGUCCAUUCACCCGGGUCCUCCCAAUCAUCAUCUCGAUACCCUGGGCUGUGACCAUCGUGGUCUCCCGGAUAUGGCUCGGACAUCAUAACGUACCCCAAGUCAUAGCAGGCUGCGCGUGCGGCCUCGUUCUAGCGCCACUCUGGUUCAACCUAUGGACACACGGAGCCAAUGACUACAGUCGGGCAUUGGAGCACGCCCUGUUCGGCCAACGUUGA